AUGUUCCCGCUAUUUCUUGUAAUAUAUGAAAAUGCUGCUAAACUUUUUAAGAGUGCUCAAACAUGGGCUAAUUCUCAAGGUGGAAUCUAUAGCAGCUCAGAAACACAUCUAAGACAAACAAAAAUUUGGAAUAGUAUUCAUAAUCAUAACCUCUCAGAAGAUUUAUCAGAGUACCCAAUAUCACGUCAAUUCACAAAUCAACAAUUAGAAAGGGUCGCAGAAAUGACUACCUCGAGUUCAUGUUCUCAGGAAAUAAUAUUAGCUAUCUACCAAAAUAAUCUAUCAGCAUCAGUAAUAAAUAAGGAUAUUUAUAAUACACGUCAGUAG